AUGAAAUGGUACCAUGAAAUGAAAUUAGAGGUUCGGGAUUACGAAUGCGAUCGAUAUGGAGUGGUGAACAAUGCCGUUUAUGCGAAUUAUUGUCAACAUGGUCAAUUUAGAUUAUCUGAAAUGCUUGGCUUAACUGCUGCUGUUGAUGUGGUAGCUCUUAAAGAGUUAUCACUCAAAUACAUUGCACCAUUGAGG